GUGCUGUGUUGUGACGUGACGGGGCAGUGUUGUGACGCCCCGUGCUGUGUUGUGACGGUGUGGUGUCCUGAGACGGUCAUCGUUAACACUGGCAGUGGUCGUAAAGGUUCAGAGAGAUGGUCCCAGAUUUCGUCAGCCUCAACACCCCUUCAAGGCGUUCAUGCUGGAACCAGUCUGUGAUCGCAGGAGCCGAGAUGUUUUCCUUCUGCAACAUCACUGACUAAAUUAUACUUAGUCAUUAACAAGGUGAAAAAUGCUUCCCCUGGUGCGACAGAUGCGUGGCCUGAAAACCCUGCCAUCACGCUACCAUAGACACAGCCACCCUCACCGGUCUCUCAUCUCCUCCUCCUUCAAGCUCACUGAGGAGACCGCUGAUUCAAGGGACACAUUCGGGCGCCUUGCGAUGAAACACAAACAAGCACUCAGCAGAGAUAAAGAGUCUGCCUCCAUAGAUCUUUCCAAGUCUUACCGAGGUGCCCUGAAGCCUUUGACGGAGGCUUCAGAGUUCUCCCAAGAAAGCAUGCUGGAGAAAUGGCACAAGUUUAAGACUGUUCAGGACCAGGAGAACCCAGAGACGCUGAGGUGGAGUGGGGGUCAGCAGGAUGACGCGGAGGAGGAUUACCACCUCUUCCUAGCUAACAGAUCAGUCAGGUCUCAGGGGCGGGAAACUCCACAAAAUAAGAAAUUGCAUAAAAAAGUUAUCAAAUCCGUAGCUGAUACAUAUGGUGGUGUAGGCCCCCCACGGGAGUCUCCAGAAGGGGAGGUCUUUGGGCACCUGACCCCUAAGUAUGAGGUACCAGAAGAUGAUGAUGGAGGGGAUCUGAGGGAGGAGAAAUACCAGGAUGCCAAGCUGGGGAGGAGACAUCGCCCGCAGUUUUAUGGGAUGAUGAUGAAACAGCUAUGCCGGGAAAGGAAGCUAGCCGAGGCAAUCAAGAUUCUGGAGGAGGAAAUGCCGGCUGCUGCAGUCAAGCCCAAUGACUUCUGUUACCAGGUCCUGAUCAAUGCCUGUGGGCGGGCUGGCUACACAAAGAAAGCCUUUCAGCUCUAUAACCAGAUGAAGAAACGUGGCCUCAAGGUCCAGCCUGUUGCUUAUACCGGGCUGUUUAACGCUUGUGCAAACUCUCCCUGGCCUGACACGGAUGGGUUUCAGCGGGCAAAGCACCUUCGCACCGAGCUCACAGGGAAAGGCUAUCUCUUCAACCAGAUCAUCUCCCAUGCCAUGAUAAAAGCCUUUGGGAGGUGUGGGGACAUAGGCACAGCAUUCCUGGUGGUGGACGAGAUGGUUCAGGACGGGCUGCUGGUCACCACAGAGACCCUUAACUUCCUCCUCCAGGCUUGCAUCACUGACAAAGAGGCCGGCUUCAGACACGCUGUUAAGGUUUGGAGAAAAAUGCGGGAGCUGAAACUUCAACCUGACAUAUACUCGUACAAUCUGCUAACAUAUGUCAUCAAAGACUGUGGAGCUGGAGAUCACAGCCUCACCUCUUCCCUGCUGGAGGAUGACGGUGACCUCCACAACCCUGGCAUCAAAGGCUCUCAGAGGAAGAAGCAGUUACCCAGCCCUGAACCACUCGUCUUGAAGGAACCUUUACAUGCUCACGAAAGCCACGCGGUGAAUGUCCCAGAAGACACUGUUGUUUUUAGCAGUGAGAUGGAUAUUAGUGUGCAGAGACUGGACAACACUGCAGGAGAGAGUGUGUUGCCUAAUAUCCUGGGUAAGAAGAUGACGGCUGGGAAUGUUGUGGCUCUGGGCGCUCUGGACAACCCACAAGACAGGUUGGUUCUCCUGGGCGGCCCCACAGGGAUACUGAGGCAGAUGGUGAAGGACAGAGUGACCCCGGACCUCAAGACCUUCACACAGCUGCUGGACUCCUUACCCCCAGACACACAGGCUGAGGAGGCUCUUGUGGAGUCGAUGAAGAAUGUUGGGCUGGAACCAGACACUCAGUUCUUCAACAUGCUGAUUAAGAGACGAAACUUUCGGCGCGACACAGAGGCAGCUCAGGAGGUCCUUACGCUGAUGCAGGAACACCACCUUGCCCCUGACCUCAUCACCUAUGGGUGUCUGGCGCUGGGCUGCCACAAUACCCACAGUGCCCGGCAGCUCCUGAAGGACAUGGAUGCCACACAGUUUCGACCCAGUUUAGAGAUAAUGGCGAGUCUGGUCAAGAACAGUUUGGUAAAACAAGAUUACGCUUUCACUGCGGCCAUGCUGAAGGAGAUGCAGCAAAGAGGCACAACACCAAACGACUUCCUCCUCAGCCAGCUGGAGCAGGCCAGGACGCGCGCACGGAAAACCCUCUUGCUGAAGCAUGACGGCAGCGCAAAGAACCAAGAGAGAAGAAAGAGAUCUGCAGAGCUGUUCUUGGCAGCGUACAAAAUGUGGCUGAUGGGCUCACAAGUGCAGCUUCCUGAGCAUCCCUGGGCCCAGUACCAGUGACAUCAAGGAGACACUCAAGCCUUCUGAAAUUGACCUCUCUUGUAGCCUCUCAUUCUUUUUUCUUGUGCCGGAGCAACACUUAGUGGACUUUGUUGUUUAUGUGUUUCCCCUUGAGCUGCCUCCCUUGCUGUAAAAAAAGAAAAUAUUCAUACUUGUAAAGAAUUUAAUAAACUAUAAAAAUA